UUAAAGGAAAAUUUUAUUAAGAUGGCACAAUGUUCAAGCGAGCAAUGGGGGCUCCAACCAGGUGAUCAGAUCGCUAGUAACAGAUUCGUGUUUGUCUACCAUCAUCACGGAAUAUAUGUGGGGGACGGCAUGGUCAUUCAUUUCCUACAACCUGCAAAGAAAAGUAACUCUUCUUCCCCAUGCCAAAAAUGUGGGCACACACCAAGCUUACAUGGUGGGAUCGUCAAAACAUGUCUGGAUUGCUUUCUCGAUGGCCACUCAUUAUAUAUUAUUAACCCGACUGACUGCAAGCCACCCGAUGAGGUUGUGAAGACUGCCACCGAGUUUUUCCAAGGAAUAAGGACCUUUGAUGAAUACAAUUUUGCUUUUAACAAUUGUCAGGACUUUGCCUCCUUUUGUAAAAUAGGUAUAAAGUCAUCUGAGGAAAGAAACAAGGUCGUCAAAACAUUAUUGGUGGGCACCAAGGAGGUCACCAAAGUGAGCGCCACCAUGGUGGGCAUUGGCAUUGCAGGCAUCGCCGCAGCUUCUGUGGUGCAUUCUAUUGUUAAACGGACGCUCGAAAAAGUUGAUGGUAGGAAUGGGAAACCUGGCCCUUCCCCACCCGGUUGACAUCCCUAUGUACAAGUAGGUUUAGGUUUUAAAUUAAUGUUUUAC